AUGAGUGUUACACAAUCAUUGGAAGAUAAUCUUGCUAUUCUUAACAAAAAUAACGAUAGUUGUGAUACACCUUUAACAAGUUAAAGGAGAAUCAAUUGGAAAGUCGAGAUGAGGAAGAUGGUUUUGACAAAACUCCCCAUCAAAAAGUCUGCUCCUAGGCUAAGCCAAUCUAUUAAGUCCAAAAACAUACCAAAAAAUAUUUCAAAGGUCAUUACCUAACAAAUUCUUAAAGGAUACUACAAUGAUCUCAUCUAAUGUAACCUUAAAUCAUUCCUUUCUUUCAUUAAGAAAAAUAAAAAUAUUCUGAACCUCCCUUCACUCAUGAGACUUGUCAAACCACAUAAAAACCCAGAAGUCAACUCUCUUCAUCAAUGUUUUAGGCAAAUAUGGUAUUUAAUAUAUAUUAAAAUUAUAGCUGGUAUUUUAUUAAGAAACAGUAUAUCGCCUACGUGUUUAAUUCUAAGAUCAAGGAUCCUCAAUGGCACCUAGAAUACAGAAAUGCAAUCUUAAAAUUAUUUAGGGAUAGUUGA